AUUAGCACCCCAAUACAACCCCAAACUUACGAGAGCUUUGCCCCUUCCAUUUCUCAUUCUCUAUCUAUCUUCAAAAAUGGCGACAAUGAACUCAAUAUCUCCUAAACUCUCUCCAUCACUUCAUAUAACCUCUUCUAAUUCUUUUCAACGUCUUCCAUCUCCAACCGUGUCUCUCCUCUCUCCUUCAACUCCAUCUUCCUUCACAACCCACAACUUUCUCUCUCUAAAACACACAACUACUACUAUCGCAACCAUCCCCAAGCUUAAACCUCGUUUUCUCUCUGUUGUUUCAGCUCUCAAGAAACUCUCAGAACUAGAUUCAAUAUCCUUGUCGCCGGCCAAUGGUGGAGACUUGACUUCUGAUGCCGGUGUCUAUGCGGUCUAUGAUUCCGAUGGCGAGCUUCAGUUUAUUGGAUUGUCUAAGAAUGUCGCCGCCAGUGUUGAUUCUCACCUCAAGAAAGUGCCGGAAUUAUGUUCCUCGAUUAAGGUUGGAGUUAUUGAUGAUCCUACCAGAGAUUCCCUGACCCAAGCAUGGAAAUCAUGGAUGGAAGAACACAUUAAAGGCACAGGAAAGGUUCCACCAGGAAAUGAGACAGGGAACACGACAUGGUUUCGUCCACCACCUCAGAAGAAGGCUGAUCUCCGUCUAACUCCAGGACGCCAUAUGCAGCUGACAGUUCCGCUAGAACAGCUUAUUGAUAGACUGGUUAAAGAAAAUAAAGUUGUUGCUUUCAUCAAGGGAUCUCGAAACGCCCCUUCAUGCGGGUUCUCACAAAGGGUAGUCGGGAUCCUUGACAGCCAAGGAGUGGAUUAUGAAAGCGUGGAUGUGCUGGAUGAGGAGUAUAACUCCGGAUUACGAGAGACCCUGAAGAGCUACAGUAACUGGCCGACAUUUCCCCAGGUUUUCGUCAACGGUGAACUAAUCGGAGGAUGUGACAUCUUAACCUCCAUGUAUGAGAAGGGUGAACUUACUAGUUUAUUGAAAUGAGUGAUUAUUUUCCUUGUAAAACAAUGUGCUGAACUAUAAUACUGAUUUGUGGUUAUAGAAUGAGUAUAAAGAUGGCAUAAUGAACCAAAAUUGGUGAGCUUGAAAUUUUUGACACCUAAAUUUUGAUGGUUCAAAAUUCAAAUGUACUCCUUAUUGUUAGUUAA